CAGUUUAAUAUUUUAAGCAUAAAUCUCUGUGGUUCUUUUACCAGGUGGUUAUAACAGAGAGGAGUGUCUUCGAACAGUUGAAUGCUAUGAUCCACAUACCGAUCAUUGGUCUUUCCUUGCUCCCAUGAGAACCCCAAGGGCCCGAUUUCAAAUGGCUGUUCUCAUGGGUCAACUCUAUGUGGUAGGUGGUUCAAACGGCCACUCAGAUGACCUGAGUUGUGGAGAGAUGUAUGAUCCAAAUAUAGAUGACUGGAUUCCUGUUCCAGAGUUGAGAACUAACCGUUGUAAUGCAGGAGUGUGUGCCCUGAAUGGAAAAUUGUACAUUGUUGGUGGCUCUGAUCCAUAUGGUCAGAAAGGACUGAAAAAUUGUGAUGUAUUUGAUCCUGUAACAAAGUUGUGGACAAGCUGUGCUCCUCUUAACAUUCGUAGACACCAGUCUGCAGUUUGUGAGCUUGGCGGUUAUUUGUACAUAAUCGGAGGUGCAGAGUCUUGGAAUUGUCUGAAUACAGUAGAACGGUAUAAUCCUGAAAAUAACACCUGGACUUUAAUUGCUCCCAUGAAUGUGGCUAGGCGAGGAGCUGGAGUAGCUGUUCUUGACGGAAAGCUGUUUGUAGGUGGUGGCUUUGAUGGCUCUCAUGCCAUCAGUUGUGUAGAGAUGUAUGAUCCAACUAGAAAUGAAUGGAAGAUGAUGGGAAAUAUGACGUCACCACGGAGCAACGCUGGGAUUGCAACUGUAGGGAACACCAUUUAUGCAGUGGGAGGAUUUGAUGGCAAUGAAUUUCUAAAUACGGUGGAAGUCUAUAACCUUGAGUCAAAUGAGUGGAGCCCCUAUACAAAGAUUUUCCAAUUUUAACAAAUUUAAGACCCUCUCAAACUAACAGGCUUAGUGAUGUAAUUGUGUUUAGUAGAGGUACACUUGUGAAUAAGGAGGGUGGGUGGGUAUAGAGGUUGCUAACAGCAACACAGAGCUUUUGCAUAUUGCAUAUUAAACUUGCUGUACAUACUUUUUUGUGUUUAUUUGGAAAGGAAUGCAAAGAUGAAGGUCUGUUUUGUGUAUUUUUAAGACUUCUUUGGUUAUUUUACUUUUUUGGAAGUUGAUAUUGUAAAAGAAUAAACCAAGAAUUGAUUGGGCAUAUCAUUUCAAGAAGUCCCCUCUCCUCCACAUUUGUUUUGCCAGUUUGCACAUUAAAUGACUCUGCCCUCAAAUGUGUACAAUGGGGAGUGAGGGGUAGGGUUUAAAGACAUAGUAGGCAGUUGGGUUUUUUAAGGGCCCUUUUUCAAUAACUGGAACACUCUAUAACAAAAGAUACUUAUUUAAAUAGAUGACAGUAACUAUUUUUGUUUUUAUUAAAAGAAAGCUGACAUGCCUACCAAUAUUUAAUCUUUUCUGAUUGCCUUUUUAUAACUUUUUAUAUUCUCAGUAGAAUGCUUUACCUGUUGAAGAUUAAAUGGCAGAUCCAAGUUACUGAAGCAGGUGGCAGUCUUAAAGUAUGCACAUGGGGUGUUUCUUUUAGACACCCAAAAUGCAAGCUUCUGCUUUUGCCUCAGCUGGGUUUUUUUGUUUUUUAAGAAUACAGUACCAAUGUUUAUUUGAAUGGAGUUGCUGAACAGUAACAUAGCUGUGAUUCUUUUGUUUUUAAAACACUGGUCUUAAAUACUUUGAUUUGCUGAGGGUAUGUUUUAUAAAGUUAGACAUUCAGUAUGUAGCAGUAAAGAACAAUGAAGUAUUUUAUCUUCUAAAUCCUGUUUUAAUCAUUAACAGAACAAUCCCAAAUGGCAGCCCUCAACUGUGAAAAGAUUGCUUUGAACUGUAUAGGUUUGUGAAUGCAGCCUUUAGCAGAACUAUGUUUUUGUUCAGUAUUUCUAUUCACAUUGAUAAAUAUUGGUUGGGAUGACUUGGUGUCUGAUGUGUACUGCUACACACCUAACUUAAUGGUGCCAAAAUUAGCACGUCCUUAUGCUUGCUCCUGAUGCAAACACAUUAAAGGUACUUUGCAGGAAA